CAGAAGUGGUGUGAGCAUCCGGCAGGGCUCUGGGCAAUUACCCUUACACCGACACCGGCAUGGAGUGGCGCAUUUCUACCGGAACCGACCCAAAUGUGCUUGCUCUCUGGACCAUAAAGUGAUAGUUUAGUUGUUCCUCCAAAACUAACAUAGUCUCUUGUUAGAUAGAUUUUAUCGGUCUGGUAGUCCUGCAAAACGAGGCAAGUUUUAUGAUAAAUACAUUUUUUUUGACCGUUUAUUUUAAUAAAUAUAAAAAAAAUCUAAAAGGUGUGCAUUAUAGCUGACACCUUCAUGAGCACCGUACAGUUGGUUUUGUGAUUUUAAGUCAUUCUCUUUAAAAGCUAUUGAAGUUAGAAACGUGUAUGCCGAUGACGUUUGUAACUUUAGAGACGGUCCCUUAGUUUGCGAAUAUUGAACGGACAACCGAGCCAACUUCAUACCAUUUGGAAAGUAUCAGGUUCAAGACCUUAAUGAGGUGCGGUGACGCGGGGUCUGUUUUGGAACUAUUGUAUUAUGACGUCAUAUAACUAAUUAGUUUUAUUAGUCACUGUUGACCAACAAAAGAAACCAAUGGAGAACACUGUAGGUUUAUUGACGGAUUUGUUUUCGGCAAAGAAGAUGGACUGCAAAUGUCCAGCAAAAGCAGACAUGCUCUUAACUGAGACCUGUGUAGAGACACCCUGCGCCUUCACUAGAAGGCAAAGCAAGAAUCCUCUGAAAAUAAAGAGCAUGGAUGUUCUUCACGACAGACCUGAGCCCCAGGAGACGCCAGGUAAAAGGAGAAGAACAAAGACAGAAGAGAACGAUUCAGAGGCACCCUGCUCCUUCAGUGGAGCAGAAAGCAUGGAGAAUCCUCUGAAAAGAAAGAUGAUGGCUUUUUCUCAUGAAGGACAUGUGCCUCAGACCGAGGAGACACCAGGAAAAAGGAGGAGAACAGAGACAGACGAGAAGGAUGUGAACAGAGAAAAAACUGAGAAUGAUUCUGAGGCAUCCUACUCCUUUGCUGGGAGACAAAGCAAGGUGAAGCCUCGGAAAAGAAAAAGGAUGGCUGUUUCUCAUGAGGAACCUGAGCUCCGUCCAGUGGAGACACCAGGAAAAAGGAGGAGAACAGAGACAGAAGAGAACUAUGAGAAGUCAGAAAAGACGGAGAAAGAUUCAGAGUCAUCCUACUCCUUCGCUAGAACUCAAAGCAAGACGAAUCCUCUUACAGAAGAGAACCAGGAAAAGACAGGAACACAGCCUGUUAGAAGAAUCAACCCUUUUCGAGAAGCAAAGUUUCAUGGACGCUACCUUUUGGGAGAGCUGCUGGGACAAGGAGGCUUCGGUGCCGUCUACGCAGGCAUUAGGAAAUCCGAUGGGCAGAAGGUGGCUGUUAAAAUUGCGUUCAAGCAAGAAGACGAACCGUUUACCACUCUGCCUGGUGAAACACGUAGACUCCCUCUUGAGGUGGCGCUAAUGGAGCUCGUGUGCAAGCCGCCUCGCUGUCCACAUGUGAUAGAACUGCUGGAAUGGUUCGAGACGCCCACAUUCUUCAUCUUGGUUCUGGAGCGGCCCGACCGCUGCGUUAAUCUCUACAAAUACUGUAGCUCUCUAAGUGAUUCAGUGUCUGAAUCUCAGGUGAAAACUAUCAUGGAGCAAAUAAUUUGGGCUGCAAUUCACUGCAGUAAACGGGGUGUGAUCCAUCGAGACAUCAAGGAAGAAAACAUUCUCAUCAACCCCAAGACCCUUGAAGUGAAGCUGAUCGAUUUCGGUUGCGGUGCGCUGCUUAACGACAGCCACAACAUACCAUUUGCAGGCACUACACUUUUCCUUCCACCUGAACUGAUCGUUAAAGGAGAGUACGAGGCGGAAUCUGUCACCGUCUGGGGUCUUGGCAUACUCAUUUACAGCCUGUUAUGUGGACAAGAGCCUAUUUAUGAUCAUCACAAUAUUGGUGAAGGUGACUUGUACAUACCCAGUGAGCUGUCUGAAGCUUCCUGCAAACUGAUAAACUGGUGCCUACAAUGCGAUCCUGAAAGAAGACCAAGCCUGCAGGAAGUCAUCUCAGAUGACUGGUUCACAACACCAGAAGAGGCCUAAAUACAUUACAAUACAUUGCAUUUAUGGCACGCCCUUAUCCAGAGCGACUUACAUUUAUCUCAUAUUAUAACAUAUCUCAUUUUUAUCUUAUCACACAUAUCUCAUUUUUUUAAAAAUACAACUGAGCAGUUGAGGGCCUCGCUCAGUUGUAGCCCAGUUCACAUCCCAGCACCGCCAAGCUGCUGCUGCUUGGAUUUGAACUGAGCUACAACUUCCCACUUCCCAUGUAAACUCACUUUGUCUAGUGCACAUGGAUUGUACUGAAUACUGAGUUCUACACCACCAGUAAAAACAUAUCGCUGUACCAUACUACAGUUUUAAAUAUCUCAAUAUUUAUGAUUGUAUCUGUACCUUUUGCUUGAACACAUUCCUUACAGAAGAAAAAAACAAAACAAAACAUGGAAACAAAAAGCAGCCAGGGAUUUCCCAGGUCGGUGAGAAUUUCCUCAAUGUGUGCUGUAAAACUUUCAAACAAAGUCAUAAAAGAUGCAAGUCAUGAAUUUGUAACCACACUUGACUUAAAAAUUUAGGCUCUCCAACAACCAUAACAGUUGGGCUGCUGAGCUCUGCUCCUUCUCCUUAAAAGGACGGUUGCAAUUCACCUUGCAGGCAGCAGAGGCCUCUAUAGAUUGCUUUUAAAUCUAACCGGGAAAAAAAAACAGGCAAAAAUAAUCCUGUGAUGCAGUAAAACUACACAAAAGACAAUCUGAGAACAUUUUCCAUUUUGAUUUACACAAAUACACUUAAGAACAUUUUAUUAUAACAUAAAAUAUAUAGAUAGACGAUACAUAAUAGACGACAGCUUGGUUUACAGUAAAAAUAAAAUAGCAAGUCAAAAUAUCAUAUAUCUUAUUAGAUUAUCAUGUGUUUCUAGUCUUGUUCAACUGGCAGAAAUGUUUUAUUACAAUUUCAAUUAAAAAAGAAGCUAAAUGAAACCAAUAGUACAUUAGAAUUUCAGGCUUUGGCUGAGGAAAAAAGGUCUUUCAGGCACUGAAGUCUUUAUAAGACAGCAUUCAUUUACCAUAUGCAUCAUGGCCAGUGGCACACAUUAUUUUGGUUUUAUGACAGAGUAAUGCAAAUAUCCAAAUCUAGACUAGACAAGAGUCAACCUAACAGUGUGAGUGUUAGUAACUGAGUGUUGGUGACAGUGCUCUGAUUAAUACAUCAUCCAAUGUCAAUGUACAAACAAUAAUUAAAAGAUAAUAUGCACCAAGACAUAUAUAAAUAUAUAUAUAUUUUAAAUACAACCUAUUAACUAUUCUUCACUAGUGCAUAUUCAUCCUUGGAUAAAGUUGUUAUAAGAUCUCUUGCAAUAUGUCUAAUAAAUCCAAUUGAGUUGUAUUUUGUGCUAUUCAUC